UGUCAUUUGUCACGUGACACUUUGUACAUGUACACAGCGUUCGGCGAGCAUGAUUUAGCGGUGAUAGCUGGAGUCCUUGGGUCGCUGCGGUACAUGUGGGUUAUCUUUGAAUGUCUGAUAGUGGCACACUUCCCGAGACAUAGCUAAGAUGGAGUUUACGUUGCUUGUGUUAACUGCAGCUUUAAUGCAGGCGGCUUCGAUCCCACUAACUUUUCACAGUGUGAAAGAUGAAAUCGAAAGUCACCGAGCUGAUGCGGAACGAAUUAUUAACCUGGUGGUCAAUGGAAGCGCUAAAGGACAGACAUACAACCGACUGGCCGAGUUUGUGGACACAUUCGGGAGUCGCAUCGCCGGUUCUCAGAAUCUUGAAAACGCCAUCGAUUAUAUGAUGAAGAAGUUGAAGGAGGAUGGUCUGGAGAAUGUACACGGAGAGUCCGCCAUGGUGCCCCACUGGGUGAGGGGGAGGGAGUCUGCCACCCUCGAGCAGCCACGAAUCCUACCCCUCAACAUACUGGGACUCGGGGGUAGCAUUGCCACCCCUCCUGAGGGCAUCACGGCUGAGGUGAUUGUAGUCAAGACGUUUGCUGAGCUGAAGCAGAGGGCUGCCGAGGCCCGCGGGAAGAUAGUGGUCUAUAACGAGGACUGGGUAGGGUAUGGAGAUACUGUCCAGUAUCGUUCACUGGGAGCGGUGGAGGCGGCUAAAGUGGGUGCUGUGGCCUCUCUUAUACGUAGUGUGACCCCCUUCUCUAUAGACAGUCCUCACACCGGCUGGCAGGACUACAGCGACAACGUCACCAAGAUCCCCACUGCCUGCAUCACGAUAGAGAUCGCCCAGAUGCUGCACAGGAUGUCCAUGAGAGGGGAGAAGAUGGUCAUCACCCUCAAGAUGGAAGCUCAGAAUUUGCCCAUGGUGAAGUCCAGAAACACAGUAGCUGAGAUUAAAGGGAGUACAUACCCGGAUGAAGUCGUGAUAGUUAGCGGCCACCUUGACAGCUGGGACGUGGGGCAGGGGGCGAUGGACGACGGUGGUGGUGCCUUCAUCUCCUGGCAGGCCCUGUCUCUCAUCCGACAACUGGGACUCCGCCCGAAGCGUACCCUCAGGAUGAUCAUGUGGACCGGGGAGGAAGAAGGGCUCUGGGGGGCGCAGGAGUACUUUAAACAACAUCAAGCUGAAAUUCCAAAACACAGCCUGGUAAUGGAAUCAGACAUGGGGACCUUCAACCCAAGAGGUCUCCAGUUCUCUGGCAACAAGGCAGCGACAGCAAUCAUGAAAGAGGUCGCCCAGCUCUUGAGUUCCAUCAACAGGACAACCCUCUACAGUCCCGCCGAUGUCAGUGACACUACACUUUGGGAAAAUAUAGGUGUCCCAAGCGGCAGCAUAGAGAACGACAACCAAAACUACUUCUAUUUCCACCACAGCAACGGCGACAUGAUGACGGUGGAGAAUUCUGGCGUCCUUGACCUUUGUUCCGCCAUCUGGGCGGUAGCGGCGUAUGUGGUGGCUGACCUUGACGCUGUACUUCCCAGGGAUACGGCACAAGGUCGACUUCAGCUGUGAUAGUUAAGUGUAGUUUACGCCUCGAAGUCUAUAAACGCGUUUAGAAGUUUGGGGAACAUGAAUACAUGACACUUGUUAUGGACAGCAACUUCUUUUCUUCUUUGUCACGACGUUUCAGGGCGAUUUUCAGAGCUACUUCAACUCCUUCAUCGGGUGAAUGCUUACGCCUGUGAAGGAGCAAGAAGUAGCUCUGAAACGUCAUGACAAAGAAUAAAAUAAGAUGCUAUCUAUGAGAAGUGUCAGUUUACAUCUCGCCCGUUUCGACUUGCCACGAUUCUUGCAUCCAUAUUGCAUUUAUACACUGCUGUUCAAUUUAACAUACCCUACAUUGCGAUGCGACCGUCCGGAAAGCCACGAUCCCUAUUUCAAAGGGUACCAACCGUAACCCGGUCUUCGUCUUAGUUCGAUUCUUGCUGUCGCGAGUUGGUUUUGAAAGGUAGGGUUUGGCGAUAUUUGCACUUGUAUAGUAUACCGAAGAGCCCUAAUCAUGGUUAAAAUUUCAUAUCUAUCAUUGAUGCACAUAUACAUGUAUAGUAUAUUUUGUUGACAUAUCUUACAGAACACAUUCGUAUUUUGUUAUGAAAAGCAAGUUCAUUUUCCGCAGAAUACUCUUCUCAUUUUGAUAUUUCAUGUCCGGGACGAUCUCUGAAUGCGAUAUUGUGUUACAGUGUAUAUUGCUGGGUUACAGCUGCUUGGGAUUGUUAAUUAUUUGUUAUUUUUUGUUGUAAACCUGGCACCAAAUGAUUUAGUUAUGUUUUUUGUACACGUCAAUAUGGCUGGAUCCGCGAAUUUAAUAUAUAUAGGGUAUUUGUAUUAAUGCGGAAGUAUAUUGUCACACCCUGUGAUCGAUAGAAUGCCGUUGAUAUCAUUCUCGUAUACAUUUCAUGUUUUUCGAAAAUUAUUGCAAUCUCAUUAAAAUCAGACCUCAGUUCUCGUUACCGCUAAACAAAGCUUUGUUUAGCUGUAACGAGAAUUAAGAUCUGUUUUUAAUGUGAUUGAAAUUAUUGCGAAAGAUGAUCAGCUCCUCGAUAGGUUGGGUUUGCCAACAUAACACCUGCCAGCCUUGUCUCAGAAUGUAUAUGUUAGUUGUUUUGAUGAUUGACUGUGCAGUAAAUGUGUAUGUAGUUCCUGCCUGCCUGGUACUGGGUAAAUAGGGACGCGGCAUGUACGGGGGUGUGGCUGGUUGUAGUAUUCCGAACUAUAGUCCUCGCCACGCGACUGCCGAUUCUUACUAGGAUUGUAACCACGUGAUCAAAACUCAACGAUGAUGUUUAUCGCUAACAAACGGAUUUUUCUUGAAAAGCGUACAAUAUUUGUCAUUACUGUAGAUAAGAUUCCUUAUUGGCGGAAUGGCUUGUUUUUACUUUAUAAGUUUUAGCACACAUACAGCUAUCUUCGUUAAUUAAUCUUCGCGACAUGUCGUGAUUCUGUUUCAAGUGGUGAGCAUUAUAGUGCCGGAUUUAUAGUGCUAUAGCCCCGACGGAUCAUGCCUCAGGUUACAUGGUUACCCCACUCAGACACAGUGUACUGAUCCCGAGCCGACCAGUCCUUGUUUAUCCCCUCAAUGCCGAGCGCUUGACAGGGUAACACGUACCAUGCAUCUUUUAACGUCUUUUGGUAUGACGCGUCCGUGGAUUGAACACCGACCUUCCGUUCUCAAGGCAGACGCUCUACCACUAGACCACGGAGGCGGCCUAUUCCUAUGAAUGAUAUUAUGUAGUUCUCAGUCAACAGCAUUAUGUAUAUGUUAUGUAUAAUAUCUUUGUGUUAAACCUGACAUGAACCUGUACCCUCAGUUUGAGAAGGAAUACUUUGUGUCAAUUGGUUGCAGUUAUUUACAGAUGUUCAAUCACUCGAUAUUAUCUGUUCCGUGGGAUAUGUACUUUUCAUGGUUCUAAUAAAAUAUGCUUUUUGUUUGUUCAA